UGUAACGCUCUGUUUUCUGUUUUAUUUACGUACAUGUUGUUGAUAAAGAAAAUCAUCAAGUACACGUGAUUUUAAUAUAAAUUUUAAUAGCAGCACAAUACAAAAUCAAUCUAGAUUCACAUAAAAUUGUUAUUCCGUUUACAUUUUUGUCACAAAUUUGGUCACAGGUUAAAACUUACUGUGAAAUUUUUCAUUUUUAAAUUUUUUUUUUAUUACAAUUAAUUUAUAAAGGAACUGCUCUGUUCUCUCUCCAAAUUGACGACUUUUCACGAAAACUAACUUCUCCGGUCUCGCUGCGUUUCCCGGCCGGCGCUGGCUUCUCUGGCGUCGGUCGGAUCCUUUUCCUUGCUUUAACUUUCUUCUAUAGAUAACUAAUAACAUCGGCAUAUGAUUCCCAAAUCAAUAUGUUCGGUGAUAGAAUUUCAAUGUCUCAUCGCUUUUCUCUCUUUUCAUGAGAGUUUCUUUCCGACCACAAUCCGGCAAUGGUCUCGGAACAGUGGCGGCGACUUUCCGCUGGAGUUUUGUCUAGGCGGCCUCCGUUGUCUCAAUAUUGAACACAUUCCUCUUCAACAUCGUCAAGCCCAUGACCUUGACGUUAAUUUCUUCAAAUUGAGAAAGGGCUUUCAAACCCAGAUUUGGGAUCCAGGAGUUCCUAUUUGCAGAUUUGCAAACGGUGGAAUACGACUCUUAAUUGAUCACAUCAGCGGAAGCCGUUUUAUGUUUGUUUUGGCGAUGGAGACCUCGAUUCUUUAUUUCACGAAGAUGUCGAUAAUUUUCCCUAUUGGUGGUCACUUCUUUUCUCCUUUUGUUUCCUUUGGCUUGAGGGAGACAUUGUUGGGCUUCGAAAUUAGGAUUAGUCUCGGACUCGAUGAUGAACCGGUGGCACUUCCACAAUCGUUAGAGGAAGAGAUGAAUUCAGUGAUUCAAAGAGGUCUGUGGUUUUUGGCCUAUUGGAUGAUAACAAUCCAUCGAUGGCCUCCCAAUUUCCAAGAUGAAGCAUCAAAAUCAAUUCCACUCCGGAUCCAGGAAUGGAGAAUUCCUGCAGAGUAUCUUUCAAACCAUAUUAUUCUUUUAAUAGAGAAAGCAAAUCAGGUUAGGGGAGACUAUAUUCUUGUCUCUGAUUUUGACCAACAUGUAGAUGUUGUUGCCGAGAAGCUUCGUUACAUAAAGGCAACGUUUGCAAAAGGUCAAUUCAUAAAAUCCGACAUUGUAUUUGUUCCUUGGUAUAGAGGAUCACUAGACGUCAGGGACUUGUGUCCUAUAUGGGAUAAACCUGCAAAUAUUGAUUGGCUUCACUUGAAACAAUCACUAUGGCAAGAAGCGUGGGAGAGAAAACAACGGAUAUAUCACGAUGAACAUAAAGAAUCUUUGCGGGAACUAUCAAGUACUUUGAUUACAAUGAGACGACAAGUUCCAGAAAUAUUUCCAACGACACUUAUUUUCAUUUCUUUAGAUGAUGUAAUGCCAAGAACAUUUUGGAGUUUCAACUAUAUGCUGAUAGCCAAUAAAAAGUGUGUGAAGGGGGGACAUAACAGAUUAUAUCUGUUAGCCUAUAAGUCUAAAGAUAGCAUGGUUACUCUCCACUCCUUCAUCGAAAUUGUAAUAAUUUCAUGUAUUUGCGUAAUUGGUCGUUUCGAAAUAUUAAUGUAUCUUGUAAACACUUUUUAA